AUGGCUACCAUGUCUCUUGCGACCGUUCAGGCUCAGCCGCUGCCUCAGGACUCUUCUCGGUCUUCGUGCGAACGCCAGAAUCACCUGCGACUGUCAACAACAGCUCCAAUGCCUAACCCGCCUUUCAUUUUCCCCCAACGCGAUCCUCCUCCUUCAAAAGCUACCUCUCGUCAUUCUCUCAUUGCUCCGCCGCUUCCUGCGUUUUCAUUUCCACAGGCACCCGAUCCUGCUGCUUCUGCUGUUCCAUCGCUACCAACUACGCCACAUUCACGUCCCGUCGGCCAUCGUCGACGGCCAAGUGAAUUCAAUGGCAGCCAGAAUGUGCCGACAUUGGGGCCUCCAAUGUCGGAAGGCAACGUGUUUCCAAUGCUGCCACCUCUUCCUCCUCCGGGGCCAGGACUAACUGGUCCUGGUCCUGGGAGACGUGGGCACUCCCACCGCCGAUCCGCUGCGAUUUUAAGCAUGGAUUUAACCGCAGUUUACCAAGGCAUUUCCCCCAGUGCCAGUGGUCGGGAGUGCACCGGUAACUCCUGCGGAUCUCAAACAACAAUGCUAUCCAGUCCGGAUUUGAGUUCUCAUUCUCCAACCCAAAUGCCAAAAUUAUCUCCCCGUGCACAUCGUCCACUCUCGACCAUCCCGUCAGAUGUCAGCAUGUCUACUAUUCGUCAGUAUGCCAAUGGAAGCCCUCUGUCCUUCAUUGCUAACACCCUAACCACCGAUGCGUCACCAACUCGUCCUAAAACUGCUGGAACUUUAUUUGAUAAGAAACCCGAAAACUCAAAGUCGGCAGAGGGAAGUCCGCCACAAAAGCGGCCACUUUCUGCCUCCGCUUCCGUCGCUGGAUUAAAUAAACCAUUAUCUUAUGACCAUGUGCCAGAACUUCCCCCUCUCAAGAACAACAUCAUCGAAGCUUACAGCCAAUUCAGUAGCAAUGCCAUUCCAAAGGAUGAUUCUACGCCAUUGCCUGAACUUGAACCAACUACAUGUAGCUCAGAUCGACCACGAAAUUCUCCAGAUAGGAAAUCAAGCAAGAAACAGAAAAAGGUGCGUUCUUGGGCUGGUAUUCUGACGCGAAAAGCAAAGAAGCGUUCGAACUCGAAAAAGCCACAUUCCAAGAGAGCUCCUACUCCACCUCCAAUUCUUACACGAACAAGCUCUGAAAUUGGAUCGAUAGCCGAAAUCAAUUUUGACGAUGACAAUGUGGUUGUUUUACGGACACCAACGCUGCCUGAUGCCCCGCGACAGACAGAAUCUAUUGAGCCUUCUCAAGGCAAAUUUUCACUGGAAUCCUCCUGGAAACCAAGGAGCUUUUACGAGCAAGGAACCGAUUCAGAUAUGCUCAGUCCUGUAAUAGAUUUAGAUGCCGCUCUUGGGCCCUUUAAUACCCCAGAAAUGGGAUCCGACCGUAAGAUUGGAAGUGGAUUUUCAACUGCCACAAAACGAAUGUAUAGUGGUGGCCGGAGAGGUGAAUUCAUUGGACCUGAAAUGCGAUAUCAUCGUCGCGCUGAAAGUGCUCCGGAAAUGCCUCCAUUUGACCGUAGUUCACUUGGGCUUGCAAGAUUUGGAGGAACCUCGACCCUUACCAACCCUGACGUUUUCUAUGAGGAGGAAGAAGAUGCAUUCUUGGCUGGAAAUGAUGAUCCCCCAUCUCAGCCAUCUACACCUGUGGCCUCAAACGACGAAACACAACCUUUUUUGGGGGGAGAUUUGUCUGUAACGGUUACAGGUGUGCAUUCGAACAAUAGUAGUACCUCACAGGAACCUGGGCUGGGUAUCCAGGUGAUUGAUUCCGAGGAGUCCCCAGCUGCGGUUGGUGACAUUUCCAGUCAAACAACUAGCAGUGGCCCAGGGACCUCGCGGGCUAUGGAGUCUCCCAUCAUCCCAUUCACAGAUGCGAUUGGGAUAUCGGGCCAUUCACAGAACCAUUAUCGUUCUGAUGAUAUCGAGAUUUUCGAAACCGAUGAUUGGCCUUCCCCUGCUGAAAAGCACACAAUCUAUCCAGAGAAACGUCCCUCCACCUCACCAGAAUAUGUCUACGUAAUGUCCAGAACUCCAGAGUCUGAUCUUCCCGUAUCCAGCGGUAACUCUCCAUCUCCAAAUUCCACGAAUACCUCACUCGAAGCUCCCCGUCUUCUGACAGCGUCUUCCACGCUGACAGAUCGCAAUACAUUCCAUUCCGGCUACAGCAUGGAUCAUAUAAUCGACUAUCGCCAUCACUACCGCCAUGACUCAGUCGAAGACGUCCCGUCAUUGACAAGUAGCGCCUCCACCACAACGGGUACCAUGUCUCAGUUAUCAUCAAGCUUCUACGCCCGCGCCCCUGGCGAAUGGGUCUCGUCAGUCUCUACCUCCAUCCCUGCUUCGCGCAGAACUAGCCGAUCAAACAGCGCCAAACGAUCCAGCCUCGUCAGUCUCUCCAAGCUUAUAAGUGGGAGUGCCGGUGAGAAGAGCAAGCUGAGUUACGAGGAAAAAGCGCCUCGUGAUGAAGUUGAGAAGACUGAGAAAAAGGGACAUCGUCGGAUAAGCCGGUUGAUGCAUUUCUGGAAAUCAAAAGAGAAACGAUAUUUGGAAGCUGGUGGAGAAGCGGGGGAAAAGAAUGCGAAACAAACGACCUUGUUAAAAUUAACUGGUCGCACACUAUAA